UUAACAUUGUUGGGAGAAAGUUUCACCAACGAUUUCUAGUUCAGAGAUCAGUCAGUUUAACUUUUUAACUCAUCAAGUAGGUCAUAACGCGCAACUUUUGGAGUAACUGUUAUCCUCGCGUGAGUGUCCGGAACCUUCUCUUGGAUGCAGUAUUCAGCUUGCAAGGCGCAAAGUUAAAUCCACCUCACAAACAUGCAGUAGUGCCAAACCAAAACGGUUUAAAAAGGGAUGAAAUUUGAAGUACGAAUGGAGGGGAUGAUGGUCCACCACCACAUCGGGAAACAGAAACUUUUAAGGUUUCUCAUAUUGUGCCUGACGUUCCUCAUCUUAAUAUCUGAAACGAACGCAGGUGUUAAGAAGUCCAACGAAGGUUGCGGAGGAAGAGACUGCAGUGGAGGCUGCAAAUGCUACCCAGAGAAAGGAUCCAGGGGCAUCCCAGGACCUCUGGGCUCACAGGGGCCCAAUGGCCCACCUGGACGUGAGGGGGACCCUGGCAUUGAGGGGGCGAAAGGACAGAAAGGGGACUAUGGAAGAACAGGCGUCACUGGCCUUAAAGGAUCUGUGGGAAUGACAGGAAUUCCAGGUUUUUCAGGAGGCAAUGGCAUUCCAGGACACCCAGGACAAGGCGGUCCGCGGGGGAAACCGGGUGCAGACGGCUGCAACGGGACGAGGGGAGACGGGGGGUUGCCAGGGACAUCAGGCACCUCGGGCAGAUCAGGAUAUCCGGGACAACCAGGUUUGAAAGGAGAGAAAGGUGACGAUUUGGAUCUCCAUAUCUUCAUGCGAAGGUUCCAGGGAGAGCCUGGCCCGGCAGGACCCGCCGGAUAUAAUGGGGCGCCGGGUGACCCAGGAUGGGUGGGGCCUAGAGGUACUCCAGGGCCACAGGGGCCAACUGGUUUCCAGGGACCCAAAGGCGAAAAGGGGACAAUGACCCAAGUGAUCAGGGGAGAGAAAGGAGAACUGGGGGACAUUGGCGAGCCAGGGAUUCCAGGGAACCUCACCUACCCGCACAGCCAGCUCCCCUCUCCAUUGCUCCCAGGUCCCGAUGGUGCAAGAGGGUUGAAAGGUCAACGUGGAGACAACGCUGACAACAAAGGAGAAGACGGUAUCAUGGGGAUGCCAGGACCACGGGGCCUGCCUGGUUUGAAUGGACAGCCAGGACUAAGGGGUGAACCCGGAUAUCCUGGCUUUUCUGGAAGACGAGGACAGAAGGGUGCGAUAGGAGAAGCUGGCGAGCUCAUCUACAGUGAUUCCUUUGGUGGGCAGCGAGGAGUUGGGCUGCCGGGCCCCCCAGGACAGCUAGGCCCCCAGGGAGAGAGGGGACCCCAGGGGGAGAAAGGCCUGCCUGGUCGCCCCGGACCUCCCUCCUCGGAACAACAAACAUGGGACUUUUUUGGCCCAUUUGGUGAGAAGGGCUUCAAAGGCCAGAAGGGUUCUGAGGGGGAGGCAGGAACCCCCGCCACACAGCCAGGACCCCCCGGAGACGAUGGCUCGGCGGGCCACACGGGACCGCCUGGACCUCGAGGAUCAUGGGGAGAGCAUCUGAAAGGAGCGGCAGGCCCGGGGGGACGGCCAGGUUCAGCUGGGAGGAGAGGAGGGAAAGGAGAUCAUGGUGACUGUGAGUGCAACUCUGUAAGUGAGCUUCCCGGCCUCCCUGGUCCUGCUGGUAGCAUAGGCGACCUUGGCAUGUCGGGAGAGUGGGGUCAGCAAGGUGACCAAGGGGACCAAGGUCGCCCUGGUACAUCUGGCGUAACUGGUUUUCCGGGACCUGAUGGCUCUUCUGGGCCCAAGGGAAGAAAAGGAGAACCCACAGUGGCAACUCAAAAAGGAUCACCAGGGGACCCAGGAGACCCAGGAUCGUCAGGAGGCCCAGGGCCCCAAGGCCGCAACGGCUUCAGCGGGGCUCCAGGUAUCCCUGGAAUCCAGGGCUCCCAAGGCGAUGGGCCGGUUGGACAGUCUGGAGAACCUGGCAAUGGAGGCCGACCAGGUCUGCCUGGAUUCCCUGGAGCACCAGGGGAGCCUGGCGAGGCAUUAGGUGCCGCCAAAGGGGAGACGGGUCCGUCCGGUGACCCCGGAAUCCAAGGCUAUGAUGGCAUGCCCGGUCCCGCGGGAACCCCAGGAGGCUGUAUUCAAGUUGGAGAACGAGGCCUGGUGUAUAAAGAAGGGGAGUGUGAUGCAGUCCCUGGACCUCCAGGUAAGCCAGGAAGCCCUGGCCUUCCGGGGCUGGAUGGUUUCCCAGGGCUUCCAGGGAUCAAAGGUUUUGCGGGCCUCUCUGGGGAGGAGGGGGUCAAAGGAGAGAGAGGAGAGCUAGGCCGGGGAGGACUCCCUGGUCCAAAUGGCUUUACUGGUCCCCGUGGAGAGUUGGGUAUACCUGGUUUCAAAGGUUCUGAUGGAAACCAUGGCCAAACUGGUCGCGAUGGUCGAAAUGGUGAACCAGGUCAGAAGGGUGCCCAUGGUGAGGUGUUAUACGCUUCCACUGGGUCCCCUGGCGAACCUGGACCUCCUGGACAACUUGGAGAGCCCGGACUCCAAGGAGCACCUGGACCUCGGGGAUACCCAGGAAUGGAUGGCAUGCCUGGCAUGAUAGGCUUCAAGGGUGAAUUUGGUCCUGCUGGCCUGUCAGGAGAAUUAGGUCGACCAGGCCCGAAAGGAAAGCACGGUUUCCCUGGGCUGCCAGGGACAGCUGGUAUUCCAGGACCUCAAGGAACCAACGGACUUCCAGGUUUCCCUGGAGAUCGGGGGACUGAUGGAGACCCUGGCCCCCCAGGGCCCGUCGGCCUUAAAGGGUCUUCUGGUGCACCUGGCGGUGAGGGGGCCCCUGGAAACACAGGGCCACUGGGAGAUUCCGGAAAUCCAGGAUCAGCUGGAUACAUUGGUGUUGAAGGUUUGAAAGGUUACCAAGGUUAUCAAGGUAUGCCAGGGUUUACUGGUAUGCGAGGGGUGAGUGGAUUGAAGGGCUAUUCUGGAGUGAAAGGACAGCCUGGACUUCCAGGAGGAACAGGGCUGAAGGGUGGCAUGGGAAGUCCUGGCCUAAAGGGGGCCAGAGGCAUGCCAGGCCCACCAGGACAGAAGCCUGUCAUGAUGCUAAAGGUGAAGGAGGAGAUGAAGGGUGCAAAGGGGGACCACGGCACUCUAGGCUUGCAUGGCUUCACCGGCCCCAGAGGGCCUAAAGGCCUCCCGGGGGUUCCUGGUGCUGAGGGCUACGAUGGCUACCCAGGAGAGCCCAGUAGUGUGAAGGGUGUGCACGGAGAAUGCGGAGUUGAGGGGUUUACUGGCCAGAAAGGUUUGCCAGGUCCCACCGGUCCAGAAGGAAUUGGAGGAUUUCCUGGAAUGCCAGGAUACAGGGGGGAGAAGGGUGGAACUGGUGCCUUUGGGCGAACAGGAGAGACCGGGUUCAAGGGUGUCAAAGGUGAGCAUGGUCCUACUAUUGAUCUCCCUGGAGCUACCGGGCACCGGGGUGAACCAGGGCUACCAGGUUUUUCAGGUGGCCUGGGGCUCAUCGGUGUCCCGGGAGACAGAGGCAACACUGGCUUCUUUGGUAUGAAUGGCAGGAAAGGAGGACCAGGUGAACCUGGUGGUUUUGGAGGCCUAGGGUCUGACGGACAGCAGGGGUCCCCUGGCACCCAGGGCCAUAAGGGCUGGCCUGGAGUCCCGGGUACCUCCGGAAACAAAGGAACUGAUGGCCAUGGUGGACAACCAGGUUUCCCUGGCCAGAAAGGAAUUGUUGGACUCGAUGGCCUCAAAGGACACAAGGGAGUGCCUGGCAUUCCAGGUGGUGACACAGUCGGGCCCCCAGGUCACCCUGGUACUAAAGGGCAGAAGGGAGAGUCCGGUGUCCCCAGCACAGAGGUCGGCAACCGAGGGGGAGAUGGCCUGCAAGGAUUCCCAGGAGAUCAAGGUGAUCAAGGAUGGCCUGGCCCUCAAGGCCCACAGGGUUCCCCAGGGUUUGGAGGCACUCCUGACAGACCUGGACGGCCUGGAGAUCCUGGUUUUCCUGGACAGAGAGGAUUCCCAGGUUUUCCUGGACCCAGAGGCACUCCGGGCAUCCCAUCCCCAUUUGGAGCAAAGGGAGAGAAGGGCAUAGCAGGCCUGUUUGGCUUACCUGGCCUGAGGGGCCUCCACGGAGACAGAGGACAGCGAGGAUACUCUGGACCAGAAGGGGUGUCAGGACAGAAAGGGGUUAAAGGUGAAACAGGAAUGAUGGGACCUCCUGGUAAGGCGGGUCUAAAAGGAGACCGUGGCUUCACGGGUCCAAAAGGACAGACUGGACCAACAGGUUUCCCUGGGACUACAGGAUCCCCAGGACUUCCUCCUAGCCCAGUCCAAGUCCCUGGAGAGAGAGGGCCACAGGGGCCACCUGGAUCAUGGGGACCUGCUGGGUCUACAGGACAAUCAGGCUACCCAGGAACACCAGGAGAUCAAGGCCUACUGGGGCCUAAAGGACACAAAGGAAUGCCAGGAAUCAGUGGCCAUUCGGGAACACCUGGUUUCCGUGGAGAUCCAGGACACGGGGGACACUCUGGUCUUCAAGGCCUGGAAGGUUCUCGGGGCCACCCUGGCGUCGCUGGUCUGCCUGGCAUGCCUGGGCGCAGCGUGAGCGUGGGCUACCUGCUGGUCAAGCACAGCCAGUCCGAGCAGUCGCCCAUGUGUCCAGUGGGCAUGUCCAAGCUGUGGGACGGCUACAGCCUGCUCUACUUCGAGGGCCAAGAGAAAGCCCACAACCAAGACCUAGGUCUGGCGGGCUCUUGCCUCCCUCGCUUCAGCACCAUGCCCUUCCUCUACUGUAACCCUGGGGAUCUGUGCUACUAUGCCAACCGCAACGACAAGUCCUACUGGCUGUCCACCACGGCAGCCAUUCCCAUGAUGGCGGUGGAGAGGCACGACAUCAAGCAGUACAUCAGCCGCUGCUCUGUGUGCGAGGCACCCUCGGUGGCCAUCGCCGUGCACAGCCAGGACACCACCAUCCCGCAGUGCCCCCAGGGCUGGCGCAGUAUGUGGAUCGGAUACUCCUUCCUCAUGCACACUGCAUCGGGAGGCGAGGGCGGUGGCCAAUCGCUGGUGUCGCCGGGCUCGUGCCUGGAGGACUUCCGCACCGCGCCUUUCAUCGAGUGCAACGGCGCCAAGGGCUCGUGCAACUACUUCGCCAAUGAGUACAGCUUCUGGCUCUCGUCCACCGAGCAGAACUUCCACAGCUCGCCCAGAAGUGAGACGCUCAAGGCCGGCCAGCUGCUCUCGCGCAUCAGCCGCUGCCAGGUCUGCAUGAAGAACUUGUGAGCCAAUCUGACGCCCUGAGCUCACAUCCGGUUCCCACCGUCACUCCAAAGCAUCACACACACACACACACACACACACACACACACAGACACACACACACACCAGAAACCUGUGCUCUACCACCAACCCUACGUCCCACACCAAGUGCAGACCACACCAUUAGCAGAACUUACGCAAGUGUAUAAACCACUGUCCCCCACAUCUGGCGUAGCACUCCAUCCCUUAAGAAAAACAAAUGUAAAAAAAAAAAUCACAUUUUUGUACUUUCUUAUUAUAUAUGAACCUGGUGCUUCCUGUCUAACUUAUUACCUCAGCUAUGUAUUAAAAUGAUCAUUUUUAAUAACAACAAAGUACAGCUGAACCAAAGAUGCCCGUAUGUAUGCACUGCUUCCCUUGUUGGCUUCAUGUUCUUGUUUUCUGUCAAAGAUUCUUAAGAUCUCUUUCACAUUCAUUUUGUUCAUGCAUUUAUUCUAACACUGAUCCUCACAUGUGUGAGUGACCUUUAAGUGAGUCAUCCACUGGUGGAAUGGAAUUUGAAAUGGCCUGUCUGAAUUAGUGAAGGGAUUGCGGUGACUGGUUCAUUCCAGUUCACUUACAAGCGCAGGUUAUUGAAUAAGACUUCCAAAAUGAAUCUCCUAACCUCACUCACACUAGUUCAAAAUCUAGCGUAGUCUCAGAUUCAGGUUUAAGUGAUACGCCAAAUGUCUAAAAAAUCAAAAAGAUUUGAUUCAGUGCACAGAAUGGUUUCAGAUAUUUUGGAGUUUUUUUGUUGUCGUUUUGCAAAUGCUUGGUUUUACUUACUUGCUCUUACUCUGAAACCAGAAAUUAAAAAAUAUAUAUAAAUAUAAAUAUAUAUUCAUUUUCUGUUUUAGCAUUGGAAUAUCCCUUUAAAGUGUCUGCACCGACACUCUCUGGCUCUUCCGUCUGUGUUAUGUGUAUUACUAAUCUGUUCUUAUCUUCCAAGCCCGCUACUCACUAUGAGCCUGAAACUAUACAGUGCUAAGCUGCAGUUCCAACAUUGAAUCUAUCCUUGCAUAUGAAUAAUACUGUGCUUUUUUAUCAUUUCCAGUGUAGUCCACUAGACUGUAGAGCUGAAAGUGUAUAGGCCCUUAAACAGUUUCAUGAUAUAUUUACACAAAUUGCACUGAUUUUCUUGUUAUUAUAUGAGUUCACACCAAGAAUACAUGAGGUGUGUCUUCAACAGGUAAGCCCAAAGUAGACCUUUGACCAGAAACAUGUUGUAUAUGUCUGACAACCGUGUUGUCCUUGACAUGAAUGCAUGCCAGCAGAAUGAAAGCAGAUACUGCAGUAAAUGUACCUACACUUAUAAAGAAAGGCUUUCUUGUCAGCUUCACUGCAAUCUGUAAACUCCACAGAGGAGUGUGUUCAGAGGACAUGUGAGGUCUGAUAGACAUACAAGUGUGCAUUUGAGGUCUGAUAUUUAAAAAGAAAGACAGACACCAAACCCACUCUUCCAAGACAACCAUAAUGAGUAGCCAUCAGGCCUUGCAUUGAUACACAUAUUCUGGUCCAGUGUGCAGGUUAGACCUUGCUGAACAGUCUCCUCAGCACAACUCAUUUGGUUGCGUACUUUGAUCAGCUUCAAUAAAGUGCCCAUAAGAAUGAUGCCAAUUUGUGUUUUUUUUAUUUGUUUCUAUUUGUAAAUUUCCAUUGUUUUAAUGGCACAUAUCUGUAAGCUGUUCCUGUGGCUGUUGUAAUGUAAUUAUGUUGGAUAUAUUUGAGUGCUACCUUAUGAAUAUGUCUAAUGUUAGUGUACUUGAAUAACAACAAAAUACAUGCUUUUGAUUGUUAGACUUUGUGUCCCCGUGUUUUUUUUUUUUUAAGCUGACCAGUCCGAGGUUGAACUUGUUUUUGUGCCAUUAAAUGUUUUAUGCCAUAAAUCUCAUACAAGUAGACCAAA